AUGAAAAUAAAUGAUCUUCCUUCUGCACCCCCUGCCUCAUCCUGAAGAAGGAAAUUCCCAGUUCCGUCUUCAGUCUCUUUGUGGCUGAUUUCCAUAAAACGUCCCAUCGCUGUGGAUUUCAGAAGCAGCUGGCUGACCACACUCCUUGAGUCCCCUGGGGCCGGCCCCUCCCUCCCUCCCUCCCGAGUCUGCCGGGGCGCUGUUUGUUUCCCCAUCAGCCCAUUGUGGCCAUCUCCGUGUAUCCUUGGUGACCUUGUGUGUGCUUCUGGCCCACACAUACCCCCCACACCUAAGAUACAACCAAGGGGACGUGAAGGCACAUGCCUGGAAGAGGCUGACCGGUCACGCAGAGCAAGGUGGUGGUUUGGACUGGGGCCUUGGAAUGCCUCACCAGCGUCCUUGCAGCCUGGCUGGAACCGUCCUGGACCCUGCAGCCUGGAGCCACAGGAGGCUGUCCCUGACAGGGCCCCACGGGGCCCUGAGGCUCUGCCCCCCUCCCUGCACGAGAGGCACCUUCUGCGCUUGUGCUCAGAGCACAUGUGAGCGUUUACUCCCCGUCUCAUGGGUCACAGCUCUUUUCGCAAGCACUGUUGUCCUGAGGAAGAGUGAUUUCCCUGCUGCUUUUCAGUUCUCCCCACCUGCUCGUGCUGGCUGGUGGAGUGGGAAAGGGAGGUGCUGUUCCCAUCAGAAGGGCCCCAAACAGUCCCUUCUGAUUUCUGUUCCGUUCAUGUGGCUGAUAGGGGGGGUCUGCCCCACUUGGGUCCAGUCCCUCACCGGUGUCUGUGGUCAGGAGGAGCGGGAGCCUGAGUCAGAGGCUAUAACCCGACCCCUGCAAGAUGCUGUAACUUAUUUAUGUCACUGUGACUGCUAGGAGGGAUUGCUUCUGCACCCUUUCUCAGUUUGGAAAAUGCAUUGUUUAAAAAAAAAAAAAAAUCUUUUCAGUGGCUUUUCUAAAAACAUGGGUUCGACUAGCUUUCUAAUCACUGCAACAAGAAUAAUAGCUUGCUACUCCAAUCAGUGGGAACUUGUACUGGACUCUUGUGAUCUUGAAUUAUUCUAACAGAUUAAAGUCAAAUUUUUCUUUUACCGUGCAAGUAGUACAAGUCAAACCUGUUAUGAAGUCAAAAGACAGAUUUUUUUAAUUGCUCUAUGUAAUUGGUGUUAUGUUUGAAAAGUUAAGUGCCGAUGCUUAUUUUAUUUAUUGGUGUUGAUGUAGUGGAUUUGACCUUUAUUUAGAUGGGGGCCUGGGAAGGUUUCCAUGGUCCCCUGGCCCCUCGCCUGGGUCGCAGCAGCCCCGUGCGCGGUCAUCGAGUCUCCGUACACGUGAGAGCGAUGCCUUGCCAGCGCACACCACCCUCGGGCUUGCCGGGUGCUGGCCUGUGUGUGGGGAGGGGGUGGUCGGCCGCCUGGUUCGUGGAGCCCCCAGCCGAUGUGAUCUCCCAGAAGCCAAUGAUGGAAACUGGCCGACAUUGAAACAAAAUUCCAACUCUUCAGUGAAGCCCACUGGUGUGGACUGGAAGGACUCAAGCAUGGAGGGUCCUCUCAAGCAGGGGACCGUCUCCAGCCAGCCAACGCCCUUGUCAACUUUAGGAGCCACGGAGAAGCUGGGCGUGGAGAUGGGUAAAGUGCCACCCCCCAUCCCUGGUGUCGGCAAGCAGCUGCCUCCGAGCUACGGCACGUACCCAAGUCCUGCACCCGUGGGCCCGGGCUCCACAAACUCCCUGGAGAGGAGGAAGGAAGGCAGCUUGCCCAGGCCGAGCGCCGGCCUGCCCAGUCGGCAGAAACCUACCCCACUGCCCCCCACGGCCAGCAGCCACCCGCCAGGUUCCUCACAGCAGAUUCAGCAGAGGAUUUCUGUGCCUCCAAGUCCCACGUACCCACCAGCAGGGCCCCCUGCAUUCCCAGCUGGAGAUAGCAAACCUGAACUCCCGCUGACUGUGGCCAUUAGGCCCUUUCUGGCUGAUAAAGGGUCGAGGCCACAGUCCCCCAGGAAAGGACCCCAGACAGUGAAUUCAAGUUCCAUAUACUCCAUGUACCUCCAGCAAGCCGCACCUCCUAAGAAUUACCAGCCAGCAGUGCACAGCACCUUAAAUAAGUCUGUUAAAGCAGUGUACGGCAAACCCGUGUUGCCCUCCGGCUCAACGUCCCCGUCGCCGCUGCCGUUUCUUCACGGGGCGCUGGCCCCAAGCACGUCGCAGCCCCAGCCACCUUCAGAAAGCACCGAGAAAGAGCCCGAGCAGGACAGCCCAGCCGCCCCCGGAGACGGCGGCACCAGCUCGGGCACCGUGGAGAGCCUGCCGCGGCCGCUCAGCCCCACCAAGCUCACACCCAUCGUGCACUCGCCGCUGCGCUACCAGAGUGACGCCGACCUAGAGGCCCUGCGCCGGAAGCUGGCCAACGCGCCGCGGCCCCUGAAGAAGCGCAGCUCCAUCACGGAGCCCGAGGGCCCCGGCGGGCCCAACAUCCAGAAGCUGCUGUACCAGCGCUUCAACACCCUGGCGGGGGGCAUGGAGGGCACCCCUUUCUACCAGCCCAGCCCUUCACAGGACUUCAUGGGCACGCUGGCCGACGUGGACAAUGGAAACACCACCAACGGGAACCUGGGAGAGGCCAGCCCUGCCCGGCCCACAGCCCCGCUCCCCACUGAGCCUGCCCCGUCUUCGGACGCCAAUGACAACGAGCUCCCUUCCCCUGAACCGGAGGGCCUCAUCUGUCCCCAGAGCACCCACCCAACAGCUGAGCCUGCCGAGGAUGACAACAACAACGUGGCCACAGCCCCAUCCACAGAGCAGGUCCCCAGCCCUGGGGCCGAGGCCCCCUCACCAGGGGAAGACCAAGCCCCCCCAGCACUGCCCCCCGCUGUGCCCCCACCAGGAGCCUCUACGAGCAAACGGACCAACCUGAAGAAACCGAACUCAGAGCGGACGGGGCACGGGCUGAGAGUCCGGUUCAAUCCCCUGGCACUGCUCCUAGACGCUUCUCUGGAGGGAGAGUUCGACCUGGUGCAAAGGAUCAUCUAUGAGGUGGAAGACCCUAGCAAGCCCAACGACGAAGGGAUCACCCCCCUACACAACGCCGUCUGCGCCGGCCACCACCACAUCGUGAAGUUCCUGCUGGACUUCGGGGUCAAUGUGAACGCCGCCGACAGCGACGGCUGGACACCGCUGCACUGCGCCGCCUCUUGCAACAGCGUCCACCUCUGCAAACAGCUGGUGGAGAGCGGCGCCGCCAUUUUUGCCUCCACCAUCAGUGACAUUGAAACUGCGGCGGACAAGUGUGAGGAGAUGGAGGAAGGCUACAUCCAGUGCUCCCAAUUCCUGUACGGUACGUGGGCGCGCGGGCGGCCCGAGCCGCAGGUCCCUCCCCCGGGCACGGCGCGGAUGUGUGCGUGGGGCUGCCGGCGCAGGGAGAAGCCUGCUUCUGCUUGGGGAGCAGCGCCCCCAGCCCCGGUCUCAUCAGAAUGGAGGUCACGCUGUCCCUUACGCUCAUUCCUAAAAACAUGUUUGAAAAUCCGUGUUAUCAGAAAGAUUCUUGCCAAAUUUCUAAAAACAAACUUCUCUUUGUGUCAACGGGCCCCCUGGGUGGAGCAGCUGGGGGGCGUAGGGGGCUGGGCGGCAGCCGUCUGUCCAUUUCUGGGGCGCACCAGGGCUUGAAGCACAGCCGAGGGUGCUCCAGGGUGGGAGCCCCCCAUCCCCGUCCUGUGGUGACCAUCGAUGAGGAGUGCGCUGCUUGAGGAGUGAGGCUCGUUCUGGUUUAAUUAAGGCACUUGCAUGGGAUCAGACUUUGGGAGCUGGAACAGCACCUCUGCCCCAGGGGUUAAACAGCUGCGGGUCGUCUGCGCCACACCUAACUCUGCCCAGCCCUGCCCUUGACCCUGGGGAUGCCAUGACAAAUGGAAGUAGGCCCCAGGCUCCCCGAGGCCACAGUCACAGUGACAGCCAUGCCAGGAGGAGGGUGGCGGGAAGUAGCCAGGCCA